CCAGUCAAGAUGAGUGACCGCCCAGACUUGUCCGAAGUGGAAAGAUUUGACCGAUCAAAACUGAAGAAAACUCAAACGGAAGAAAAAAAUACUCUUCCGUCGAAGGAAACCAUCCAGCAAGAGAAGGAGUACAUUAAGAGACCAUAAAAUGAGAAUCUCCUUCCAACAGCAACUUCAACAUGGCCUGGCAGUCUUUGCUUUAGGCUUGUUUCUGUAAACCUAUGGGAUUGUAAGGUUUUAGGCAGUUGCUAAUGGAUUCUCACUUUUACCACAUUGGCUGAAAGGUCAGCAUUUGCCAAUGAUCAUUAAAAUGUGUUCUUAA